GUAACAGCACAUGAAGGGAAAAAGGAGAGUUUUAAAGCUAAUGCGUUUUUGGAUUGUGUGAAUGCUUCAUUCGCCCCACAAACAACCACAGAACCACAAGUGCGGUGCAGGAUUUUCUGCACGACGACAGAAGGGAGAACUUCGGUGUGUAAAUGGUUAAUCUGCGCAGGUCAACACCAGCCUCAGAGACCGAACAAGUCCUUUAGAACUUCAAGGGUUAUCAAAAUCAAAGGGACAAGAAUAUUUUGAAGAGCCACCAAAAGUGACUAUGGCAUCAAACAGCCUUUUCAGUUCAGUGGCACCAUGUCAACAGAACUUCUACUGGGAUCCCAGCACCAGCCGGAGGUUCAGUCCCCCGUCUAGUAGUCUUCAGCCGGUCCCUGGAAAAAUGAACGAUUUGAGCUCUGCUACAGGGCAGCAAGAGGCGAGUCCAGCAAUGCCCAGACUCCGGCCGCACGAUAAUCGCACUAUGGUGGAAAUCAUCGCCGAUCACCCCGCAGAACUUGUCCGGACUGACAGCCCUAAUUUCCUUUGCUCCGUCCUGCCAUCUCACUGGAGGUGUAAUAAAACACUGCCCGUAGCCUUCAAGGUGGUGGCACUGGGAGAGGUGCCAGAUGGGACAGUUGUAACAGUAAUGGCUGGAAAUGAUGAAAACUACUCAGCGGAGCUUCGAAACGCCUCAGCUGUCAUGAAGAAUCAAGUGGCCCGUUUUAAUGACCUCAGGUUUGUGGGCCGGAGUGGAAGAGGAAAGAGCUUCACUCUGACGAUCACAGUGUUCACAAACCCACCACAGGUGGCGACCUACCACAGAGCCAUUAAAGUCACAGUGGAUGGCCCACGUGAGCCGAGAAGACACAGACAGAAGCUGGAGGACCCGCCAAAGCCAGGCUUGUUUUCUGAGCGGCUUAGCGAGCUGGAGCGUCUCAGGCAGACGACCAUAAGGGGUGCCGUACCAACGCAAAGCCCCCGUCCGUCGCUCAACGCCGCCCCGACUCCAUUCAAUCCUCAAGGACAAACUCAGAUAUCCGAAGCCCGACAAGCUCAAUCCUCACCCCCCUGGUCCUAUGAGCAGUCCUACCCCCCGUAUCUGAGCCAGAUGGCUUCACCCUCCAUCCACUCCACAGCGCCGUUGUCAUCAACCCGCGGCACCGGACUGCCUGCCAUCAGCGACGUGCCGCGACGAAUCUCAGGUACCUCUGACCUUAGCCCAUUCUCUGAUCCCCGGCAGUUUGACCGUCAGUUUCCUGGCCUUUCCUCACUAACAGAGGGCCGCUUCCCAAGUCCCAGAAUGCACUACCCAGCCACCUUCACCUACACACCGACGCCAGUCACAUCAGGGAUGUCUCUGGGUAUGUCCACUACCACCCACUACCACACUUACCUGCCGCCGCCUUACCCUGGCUCCACUCAAAACCAGAGUGGGCCCUUCCAGACCAGCAGUACGCCCUAUCUCUAUUACGGAACGUCCUCUGGGUCAUACCAAUUCUCCAUGGUGCCGGGGGGAGAUCGGUCACCCUCUCGGAUGCUCCCUCCUUGUACCAGUGCCUCGACAGGCAGCUCUCUCAUCAACCCUAACCUCCCCAACCAGACAGAUGGGGUGGAGGCAGACGGAAGUCACAGUAGUUCACCGACCAUUCUAAAUUCCAGUGGGCGAAUGGAUGAGUCCGUGUGGCGGCCAUAUUAAACACAUUGAGAUCCAGCUUUUGUGGUUAACCAAUUUUUGCCAUUGAGAAGAGCAAUAGAUAGAAGUCAAAGACCAGUGUCUUAUUCUUAAUUUAUGUUUUGUAAGCACAAACACUCAUGGGAAAUAAUGUUUCUUUUUGCAGGUGCGCUGCAUCAUUUAAUGUUUCUACAUUAAUUUUUAUUCAGAUUAAAAUUGUAUUCUUCCGUACGAUAUUUAUCCAGCAUGGUACUCGUCUUGGACACGUUCUCUGAGCAGUAAAGGAGGACCUAAUGGGAAUAAAGGCAUUACUGAAAUAUUUUGAAAUUCCACUGCAGAAUCAGUGAGCAAGCAAGAUGGUCAUUUGAAUUACUGAACUGGCAAAAAUAAAAAAGAGCUUCCAUAUGCAUUGCGAUGAACAUAUAUUUUUAUAGGGCUCUUUUAUGAGUAUAGUUUUUAUAGUAAUUGAAUUAUUCGAUAACACUGAAAGAUAGUCUUUGCUUCUUUUAUAUUUAUGCGUGUGACAGAAGUUCUGUUAUAUUCAGUGGUACCAGCAAUAAGUUCUGUAAGUGUUUCUGCUCCUUUAUUGUUUAAUUUAUAUGUUAGAUGGUUUGCUUAAAACUUGGGACUUACUGAAAAGCAGUAUAAUAUAAAGCCAUAAAUUAUAUAUUGUAUGUGGAAAUGAACUCUUUGACACCUGAAUUAUAUUUUUGGAGGAUCUCUUAAGUUAAUAAUUUAAAAUUUAAGUUUUAUUUUCUAAGUACCCAAAGAAAUGUUGUUUUUUUCUCUUGUAUUAAGUUAAGAACAUUAUGAAUAUAAAAGUUACAAAAUGUCAAACAAAACAUUCAAAGAAAUUGUGUAUUUAAAGCUGCUUGGCUGAGCAUAUAUUGUCAUUGUUGGCUAAUCUGAAUAUAAAUUAACAGGAUGGAGUUACUGACUUUCUGGUGCCGAGGGGGAGCAAAUGGCAGCCACUGGCAUCAGGAAUUCUUGGUUUUUCUUUUUGAUUUUAUAGUUUAAUUAAAAAAAAAAAAAACUGUCGGUGCAAUGCGUACAUCUGAAAGUCUAGAAAAUUAGACAUUUUUUAUGUGUUUAGGUUUUGUAUCAACAAUGCAGUUCAGUUACAAUUGACUAUGCAAUGAGAAUCUGAAACCAAAAUACUUUUGUUUCAUGAAAUAUUGAAUUUAUUGCAUAGCGACAAUGAUGAAUACAUUCAUAUUUUAAGCGCUAUGUUUCAGUUUCAUCAUCAUUUGCAACAAAUGCAAAUUACCCAUUCGGGGUGUCACCCUUAAAAUUAUGAUUUAAAAUCAAUUAAUAUCUCACACGGUACAGUACACAUGAAAAACUAGACAGAUUAUGAGUACUCAGACAGGAGGCAUUACCACAUACUUUAAGUAUCGUCAACUGAUGGUAAUUUGUUUUUUUAUUUUGGUUCCGGUACAAAUAUGUUUGUUGACCGAUUGACUUGUCUCAGAUACUAGAGGGUACAUCUUAAAUUAAUUUUCUUUUACAUGCUCUGGGUAUUGUUUUAUAGCUAAAUAGAUUAAAAACUAUGAAACUAUUAUUAAGAUGUUUUAUUUAUUUGAUGCAAACAAAGGCAUUUCUCCCCUCCAGAAAUCUGAAGGAAAAAUUUGAAAAAGCAAAAACUACUUCAUGUUGUAUUUUCAUUUAAUUUAUUUGCAAUGCUAAACGGAGGUGCCCUGCUUCAUGUGGUUGCAUAUAUAUUCAUGUGCACUUACUAUUAGUCCAGUUUGAGAUUUGCAUAAAGGAUGCAGCCAUUAAACAGUGUCACCUAUUUAAAAUUAAAGGUACAAUAUUUUUAAUCUGAUGUUAAAUUGCUGGCGACAAGGGCUUUGAAAAUAUGUCUUUGUAUUCAUAUAUAAAGCACUUGUUUUUGAGAUGUUCUGUAUAGUGUAAUUUAAUAUGGCUGCAGGCAGCACCCUGGUUUAUCUCAUUACAGUUUUUUUGUAUUUCUGUAUCACGUGAAGCACUUCCAUAUUCUAAUUGUCUGCUCAAUAUCUAAAUCAGAAGAAAUGGAAGCUUCUGGAAAAGGCUGUGGAUCCAUAACUGUGGAUUCACACUUUAUUGUGAAAUUCUGCAGACAGGGAUGAUCAACCAAGUGUGACAUAGGCGAUGGGGGCCCAUCUAAAAUGCAUUAUGGGUUUGUUAAUCCCCUAAGUGUCAUCUCACUGAGGGGGGGGGGG